AUGGCUAGUGUUAGCUCCAACAAGGUGACCUUUUCCGCCGUUGCUACGGAAAAACGAGCCAACGACCUACUCGAACGAUUCGGCCUUGCUGAAUACACCUAUGGAAAGACCAAAACGAUUGUCUGCAUGGCAUGCCGUGUCAUUUGCCUUCCAGACCAUGUGCUCGGUCAUUUGAAGAAGAACCAUAUGUUCGAACGUGCUAAGCUCAAGCGGGCUGGGCUCUUAAUCCAUGUCAAAAGUCGCGAGUGGGCCUCUGCUGAGCAAAUACAAAGACUUAUAACUUUUCUGAUCCAAAACCAGCCGAGACCCCUCGAGCCUUUCCAAAUUCUCCCAGGGUGGCAGUGCCCGGUCUGCUUUAAAUGCUACAAAUCAAAGGAGUCACUAAACACUCAUCGACACACCUCUAAAAGUUGCUCGGAGCAAUUGAACGAGGCCAAAACCCCCAAUGUUCUACUUAAAACCCCAGUACAGUGCCAGAGAAUUUUUGGCCAUAAGCACGGGAUGCUGAUCAGAGUCUACCCACGUGUUGGUGAGCGUCCUGCUGUGGAUGUUGGUUCGGAGGAAUUGAAUUUCCUUCGAGACCGGCGAGCCGCAACGGUGAAUGCCAGCGCCAUGAAUUCCGACCCGUCAAACAAAAAAGAUCCGUGGUUGGCAAGGACCGGGUGGUUAGCAUUCUGUGGGGGGGAUUCGUCCUUUGUGGCGAAAAUACUUUGCCCUUUGACUGCAGCACGCGGUCGUUGCCCCAAGUUAGGACGCAUCGGCGCUGCUACUAGAUCUUUGCUCAAGAAAUCCCUGCGAUAUAUCGGCGAAACAUCCGACUACUACCUACGGCAAUUGGAAACGCCUGGCCCCCAUAGAUACGCAAAGGAUUUAUUCGGAUGUCAGCAGGAGAAAACUCAGAUAUGGUAUAUUGAUACCUUUGUGCGGAUGGUGCUUUAUAUUUGUAGCCUCUCUCAACAAAAAAAAUGCGUCAUUCGGAAAUCUGAGGCUACUUUGGAGGAAUUUCAUGAUAGCAUCUCGCUCGUUCUCUCGUAUGCUGCAGAUUGCAGUGUGAAUCAGUCCGAUGACGAAAUGGAGAAGAGAAUUCUCACUUUGGUUGUCCAAUGCCUCACCACUAAAAUACCCGCGAACAGCAACUCCAGAUUUCAACAUCCGGUCAUCAACUUUUUAGCAGUCGAAGGAUACGACGAGAGAAAUGGAAAGUGGAGGGACGCACGGCAUACAACGCAGUACCUUGCUGCCAUGUCAUUUUGCACAAAACUUUCCAUUCUUGCAUGGAGUUGGGAGAGCGCUAAGUCAUCUGAAAAGCUAAAUACAGAGGUGGGAAGGUUUAUCAGCGAGAGCGGGGUUUGUGACUGGAAUCAAAACGAUAACGACGAAGAAGACGAUGACCAAGAAGAUGAACAUGGCGACCCAAAUAGAGCUAAUACGCCCGAGAGAGAACAAGAAAGAUGUGUUCAGAGAAUGGUUGCACACCGGUUCCGCGAGGAAUUCGGAGAAGUGAUCGAAGCCACUAAGGAUGGACUUGAUUAUCCUAUGAGCGAGUGGAUGUCUCAGCAUGCUUAUGGAAAGGCUAUCUCCGACAACUCGUUGCUUAACGGCCAUAUUUAUUGGAAUACCGACGAUACCAUAUUAUCCUACAAUGGAGAAGACUUUGACAUAUUGGAGUAUCGCCAGUUUGCGGGCUCAAUCACCGAAAAGAUCAACGGACUGUUGCUCAAGAUGUUUUUCGAAAAGACACCACCAACCAUUCCUCUUCAGGAACUCUUUGACAACCCUGCCAACUACAUCCCCGGCUACGGCCUUCGAACUGAACCUAGGAAUUCCCAAUGGUUGGAUUUUUGUCUACUCUCACGUAUAAUACAAACGCCCGAGCUUCGAAAUCUAUAUUACCCCAAUGGCUCCAAUACUCUCUGCCGAAUUGCAAUUUCCGGCUACCUACAACUCGAUCUUGAGAUACAACUCUGGUUUGCGAUCGCGAUUCUGCUGACAUCAGGCGCUCCACCUCGUGGUACGGAGGUUCUAGCACUCUUGAAAUAUAACACGGCUACUCGCCGGCGCAACAUCUUUGUUGUCGACGGGGAAGUCAUGAUUUUAAGCUCCUACAACAAAAUUCAGGGCCUUACAGGACACGCAAGUCCAAUCUACCGAUUUCUACCAAAAAAUAUCGGUGAACAACUCAUCCUUUACUUGUUCUACGUGGAGCCAUUGGCCGACCUUUUCCAGCACCGAUUAACGAAAUAUAAUUCGGGCUCGAAAGGCGAGGACGGCCCAUCACCAUUACUCUUCACACCCUUUGAGAAAGACUCUCGCUCAUGGAAAACAUCCAUGAUGUCAAUUUUUUUGAAGCGGGAGACCGAACUCGCUAUAAACUUCCCCCUUCAACUGAGUAACUACCGGCAGAUCAUUGCAGCGGUUGUUCGAACACAUAUCCAAGAGAUGGCGGACAUUAUUGACGGACACUUAGAGCAAACGAAAAGUAAAUUGAUUGAGCAGUUUGGUCACUGCUACCAAACUAAUGUUGGCCAUUAUGGAGUCACGAAUUCUAGAAUUCCCGAAACUGAAGAGAUCUCCAUGAAGAAGUUUCGUAGAGCCACUAUGCACUUCCAAUUCUUCCUAGGGGUGAUCCCAGCUCUUCCCAACUGGAUGUUUCAACCAUCUGUGCGAUUAUAUCCUCCCACCAAUGAGUCUGCCUCAAGAGCGUCUGGGUUCGAGGCUAACCAGCGGCUGGCCUUUUACAGGACCAACAAUACUACAUCCAACGUUUCGGCAUCUUGCCUUCCCCCGGGAUUUCCUAGUAUUGGAGACUGGGACGGAUCAAUCCUCGGUCACGACAAAAGGCCCAUUACUGAAGUCAAGGGAAAAGGAUAG